AUGUCGCGCCCUGAAGAUAUCCUCCCCCCGGAUCUCUUCUAUAACGACAAUGAAUCCCGAAAAUACACCACCUCUUCUCGAAUCCGCAAUAUCCAGGCCGAUAUGACACACAGAGCUUUGGAACUAUUAGACCUCAAAAGCCCGUCACUCAUCCUCGACCUCGGCUGUGGAUCCGGUUUAUCAGGCGAAAUUCUCUCCAGUGUCCCUCCGGACGAAGGCGGUCCUCAUAUGUGGAUUGGAAUGGACGUGUCACCGAGCAUGCUUGAUGUCGCUUUACAACGAGAAGUUGAAGGCGAUCUAUUCCUGGCCGAUAUUGGUCAGGGAGUACCAUUCCGUCCUGGCUCAUUCGAUGCAGCAAUUAGUAUUAGUGCUAUUCAGUGGCUAUGUAAUGCAGAAACCAGCGAUGUGAGUCCUGAGGGCAGGUUAAAGCGAUUCUUUGAGGGUCUUUUUGCGAGUUUGCGACGGGGUGGACGUGCAGUGUGUCAGUUUUAUCCCAAGAACGACGCCCAGCGUAGCAUGAUCAGUUCGGCUGCCGUCAAGGCGGGCUUUGGUGCUGGUAUAUUGGAAGAUGACCCCGGUACCAAGAAUGGCAAGACAUAUCUUGUACUUACUGUUGGUGGCGGAGGUUUGAAUGGCGACAUCACCGGCGUCGUCGGUGGCAUGGAUGGCGUUGAUAUCGUUGAUUCGCGCAAGAGAGAUAAUGCAGCUAAAAUCGCCAGAUCAUUACAAGAGAAGAAAGGCAGCAAAUCGUGGAUUUUGAGGAAGAAGGAACAGAUGGCGCGGAAAGGAAAGGUUGUCAAGGCUAGUUCCAAGUACACCGGAAGGAAGAGACGAGUUGCAUUUUGA